ACAACAACAACAAUCAUCAUUAAAUACACAAUGUGACAAUAAAAACAAAAGCUAACAAAAGAAAGCAAAGCUUAAACGGAUUUAAGUUUUGCAAAGUGAUAAAUCAAACAACAACAACAACAACAACAAAAUUAAGCAACACACGUUAUAAACUUGAAAAUUAUUGCACAUUUUACGCUCUUGGUGUUUAAGUGUGCGUGUGCGUGUUCCAAUUCCAGUGUUUCCAAAGUUCAAUCUCACUCACUCACACACACUCUAACACCUUUCUCUUUCACUUACGCUAUCUGUCUCUCUCUUUCUCUCUCACUCUUUCUGUGUGUAUAUUUUUCUCUGUCUAUAUCUAAUUGUCUUUCACUAAGCACCAACAUCAAAUUCACUAAAAAGCAAAGCACCCCAACAACAGCAGGCGCAAUCGAUCGAUACGCAGCAGCAGCAGCAACCACCACCACCGAUAAACGAUAAACCGAUUAACCGCUAACUCUAACCGAUUAACAAACCCGCCCGUUUAACAAAACAAAAGUCCAGAUACCCACGGCAGUAUUACUACCGCAUGGAGCGCGGCACCAGCGGUGGUCAGCAGCAACACCAACAACAACAGUCGCAUCCACAUCAUCAUGAGCAGCAGCAGCAGCAUCACCAGCAGCAAUAUCAGCAGCAACAUGGCGCACGCCAUCAACAUGUUGUUGCGGUGCAUAGCUAUGAUCCGUAUUUGAUAUCGGGCGAUGCGGAUGAGGAGCACACAUCGGGCACAUCGUCCUUUGAUAAUCCCGCCACCAAAAAGAAACCACCCAAGCUGAAGCCCAUCCACCGCUCCCUAUCCAUGGCCAUUGAUAAUUAUGCACCGCUAGCAAGCGAUUUAGAUUUAGACUUAGACGAUGGCUAUCUAGUGCAUGAGCAGCCGCUGAUCCACCGCUCGGCGUCGCCUCUACCCGUGCGCACGUCUGCACCACCGCAGACACUAGCACUCCCAGCACAACAGCAACUCCAACAACAGCAACAUUUAUCCCAACAACACACGCAUGUCUCUACUGUCGGUGGUGGCAGUGGCUCAGUGUCGCCAGCACUGUCCGCACGCCAGCAGCACCACCAUCUGCAGCAGCAACAACAACAGCAGCAGCAACAACAGUUGCAUAUGCACACAUUUCAGCAACUGGCCGCUGCUGCUCGGCAACACCAACAACAACAUCCGCAUGCUCACGGGCAUCCUUCUUAUACGCACCGCCAGCACCACCAGCACACGCACUCGAGCUCCACCAGCUCACCCACCUCGCACGCCGUCAGCCCCGUGCUCGGCAGCAGCCAACAACAACUACAUCAACAGCAGCAACAUCACUUACGCCAGCAGCAGCAGCAACAUCAGCCGGACAUCUAUUUGGUCAGCAGCAGCAGCCUGGGCGAAAAUGUGGGCGGCCUGGGGCUCGGCGGCAUGGGCAUGAGCCUGGGCAGCACAUCACCGAUACAGUUCAUCGAUGUCGAUGAUAUGCUGCCGCCACCAACACGUGCUGCUGCUGUCGCCACACAACACCACCAACAACAGCAACACCAGCUGAAGAAGAAUUUGUUUCGUCGCUCUGAUACUAUUGAUGUGCAUCCGUCUACCAAUUUUCAGAUGAAGAAAACGCAUUCCUUCCACGCUCAACAGGAUCCCGCCGCCAUGGAGCAGAUACAGCUGGCAGUGGCCGCCGGCUCGGCGAGCUCCAGUCGCCGCACCAGCUCGGUGCGUGGCAAUUUUCUAAUGCCCGGUCCGCCGGCCGGCAAGGAGAUCUCACGCUCGCCCUCGCCCAGUCGACGCGGCUGUCGCUCGCAUCGCAGCUUCAAUGACCCCGGGCGACGGCCCAGCAGCAAGCCCGACUCGGUUGUCGAAUCACAAAUCCGACAUCCAUCGUUGAACGAUGAUCUGAUGGAUCCGCUGGAGCAGCACACGCUCUUUCCGCCAACCAAUCUGUCGCUGGAGAACGAGCUGUUUGUCGAGUCGCGCUCGCGCAGCAACAGUCACACCAAAAUGGACGAACUGGGCGUGGCCGAGCUGGCGGCAGCGGCGGUCGCUGUGCGGCGCAUGCGCAAAACCUCCGGCAGCUUCGAGGAGCAGGCCAGCGGCCUUGUCGCCGCCGGCCACAGCGCCACGCAUCCGCCCGCCGCCUCCGCCUCGAACAGCAUCAAGCAGAAGCGCGAGCCGCAUCCACAUUCGCGCCAGCAGAGCACGCACAGUCUGGAGCUGGACGGACGUCCCAGCACCAGCAGCGCAGCAGCGCUGCAACUGCACAGCGCAGCGGCGGCCGCAAGUGCUGCGUAUCACUUCAAGCGCGGCGCUCAGCACGGGCGCUCGCUCUACUUGUCGCCCAGCAAUCUGGAGGAGCUGACAGUGCAUCGGCCGGGCGUGCUGGCCGCCGCUGCCGCAUUUCAGGGCACCAAUGCCAGCGCCAGUGUUAAGCAGGCCAAGGCGCUGCACAGCGCCAGCGUCAGGCUGCGCAGCUAUCGCGAGACGCUGAGCGCCACCAAGAAGUCGAAGAGCUUCAUUGGCGAUGGCAGCACGGCGGGCUUGCCGCCGAGCAGCAGCGAUGACUUUGAGUUGACCUCACCCCACCGACGCAACAGUCGACCGCUGGUGACGCCCGCCAAUGUGGAUGAAAUCAAGCGCAGUCCGCGCCCCAUUGCUGCCGCCGCCGCCGCCGCUGCCUUCAUGGAGGAGAAGCGUCCCUCGUUCGAGCGCAAAUCGUCGCUCAGCUACGAGCAGGAGCUAAGCGAUGCGGCCUUUGCCGCUCAGGUGCUGCGCCCGUUUCAUCACAAGCUCGCAGCCGGACGCAAGGCCUCGCUCAGUGGCGGCUCGCACAAGCUGAAGAAGAAGUCGCUGAGCGAUGAGACCGACGAGGACGAGGAGGCGGAUCGCAAGCGUAAGCGCAUCGUUUGCAUUGUCCUGGCCACAGUGCUGUUGUGUUUGGUCUGCGCCGGCGUCUUUGUUGUCAUCGUUACGCUCACCUCCGGCGGCAGUCAGUCCGGCAAGAAGGCGCACUCGUUCAGCAGGGACACGCCCGUGCACUAUACGGGCAUGCGACCGUCAUGAACAACUUCAACUAAAACACUCAAAGGGGCAACAACAUUGCUGUUUGCUAUUUUCGGUUACACUUCCGUUUCCGCUGCGCUGCAACGACGACGACGACGACGCUU